AUGCCCAAAAUGCUCCUGGUGGUUUCCCGUCUGCUGAGGAACGCCUGCCCAAAACCACCUGGAAGAGUGUCUUUGGCAGCCCGUACCUUUGUAAACGAAGCUUCGUUUGACAUUAAGAAAUGUGACCUUCAUCGGCUUGAGGAGGGCCCUCCCAGCCAGGCAGUUCUCACUAGAGAGGAAGGACUCAAGUAUUACAAGUUAAUGCAGACUGUUCGUCGGAUGGAAUUGAAGGCAGACCAGCUGUACAAGCAAAAGAUCAUCCGCGGCUUCUGCCACUUGUACGAUGGUCAGGAAGCUUGUUGCGUGGGGAUCGAGGCCGCUAUAAAUCCUUCGGAUCACAUGAUUACAGCCUAUAGAGCUCACGGCUUUAGCUAUGUCCGUGGACUUUCCGCUAGAGAAAUCAUGGCCGAGCUGACGGGGCGAAGAGGGGGCUGCGCUAAAGGCAAGGGAGGCUCGAUGCACAUGUACGCCAAGAAUUUCUAUGGGGGCAACGGCAUUGUCGGAGCCCAGGUGCCUCUGGGAGCUGGCGUUGCCCUGGCCUGUAAGUACGAAGGAAAUGGUGACGUCUGUUUUGCUUUGUACGGAGAUGGUGCCGCUAAUCAGGGUCAGAUAUUUGAAACAUACAAUAUGGCAGCUCUGUGGAAAUUGCCUUGUAUUUUUGUUUGUGAGAAUAAUCGAUACGGAAUGGGAACUUCUAUAGAGAGAGCAGCAGCCAGCACAGACUAUUACAAAAGAGGAGACUUUAUUCCAGGGAUGAGAGUAGAUGGUAUGGAUGUUUUGUGUGUCCGAGAGGCAGCAAAAUUUGCAGCUGCCUACUCUAGAUCGGGAAAGGGCCCCAUAAUAAUGGAACUACAGACAUAUCGUUAUCAUGGACACAGCAUGAGUGACCCUGGUGUCAGUUAUCGUUCUCGGCAGGAAGUUCAGGAAGUGAGGAGUAAGAGUGACCCUAUCAUGCUUCACAAAAAUAGGAUGGUACACAGCAACCUUGCCAGUAUUGAAGAAUUAAAGGAGAUUGAGAUUGAAGUAAGGAAAGAGAUUGAGGAUGCUGCCCAGUUUGCUACAGCUGAUCCAGAGCCACCUUUGGAAGAAUUAGGCUAUCACAUCUACUCGGGCCAUCCACCUUUUGAAGUUCGUGGUGUGAAUAAAUGGAUCAAGUACAAAUCUGUAAGCUAA